GCUACAGUCACGUGGACAAGAUCACCCAAAAACUUUCGAAGAGCUGAAGUUGAUAGGGCUUCACUGCCAAGUGCUCUGUACUCAGUCUUUAUCUUUCUAAUGCCUGGCCUACAAAAUGCAUCAAAGAAAAGACCAGCGGUCUCACAAGGUGGCCCAAAAUCCAAGAAACAGCACUCCGAAAAUCCUUCCUUAACGAAAUUCGAGGAAGGAAAAGCCCAGAAACGAAGUAGACCUGUCACACAACCAAUAAUAUCAGCCAGCGGGUUGUCCGAUGAGGACGAAGAUGAGGACGAAGAGAAUUUUGAGGAAGAAGAACUUGAGGACCAGGAGAUAGUCCCAGAUGAAAUGAUCGUGGAUGGUGCUUUCAGCAAAGACCCCAACGCUGCAAGAGAAUCACAUAAAGUCCAACGUGUACUGCAGGAACAGCGUCGGGCGGCUAAACCACAUUCCCAGUUACUCGCAGAUGCAAAGCGCGUCUGGUCAUUAGCUCGGCAAAAAAGCAUACCCUCUGCGGAGCGACAGAAACAUGUGAAAGAACUGAUGAAGGUUACCCAGGGAAAAGUCAAGGAUAUCGUUCUAAAACACGACGCAAGCAGGAUUAUCCAGACUGUUGUGAAAUAUGGUGGGCAAAAGGAGAGAGACCAGGUCGCGAUGGAGCUUAAAGGUCAUUACAAGGCAUUAGCUCAAAGCAAGUACUCGAAGUUCUUAGUGACCAAGUUGAUCAGACUCUGUCCAGCACAUCGUGCAUCUAUCUUGCUCGAAUUCCAGUCAAACGUACUCCGUCUACUAUUGCACCGGGAGGCAUCUGCGGUUCUCGCCGAUUCUUUCGAGCUUUACGCAAAUGCAUACGAGCGUUCAAUCCUUCUUCGCGACUUCUACGGCAAGGAAGUCGCUUUGUUCUCUCAUACACGAGGUUCUGAACCCGAGAAGGCGGACGCUAGAAAAGGUUUUUCUGGCGUUCUUGAAGGCCUUGAGGGUGAGCGAAGAAAACGCGUAUUGGUAGCACUAAAAGAGAAUCUAACCACGAUUUUCAACAAUUCUGAUAAAGGCGCCAUCACCCAUGCAAUCGUUCACAGGGCACUUUUGGAAUACUUAGCUGCUGUCAAUGAUACGGAAGAUGAAUCAGAACGAGAAAAACUUCGCAAAGAGAUAUUUGAAAGUUGCCAAGAUGUCCUUGCCGAGAUGGUCCAUACAAAGGACGGCAGCAGGGCUGUAAGAGACUUCAUUGCUUAUGGGACAGCCAAGGACCGAAAACAGAUUAUUAAAGUCAUUAAACCUCAUGUUGAACGGAUGUGUACAGAUGAUGAGGCUCAGCUCGUCCUUUUCACUGCCUUCGACGUGAUCGAUGAUACAAAGUUGACGGCCAAAUCACUUGUUUCGGAUAUCAUCGCCCACGCCCCUACACUCAUCAACACCCCACAAGGUCGACGUGCUCUUUUCUACUUGCUUGUGCCACGAUCACGGCGACAUUUCACACCUGCCCAAAUAUCGAUAAUUGCUGAGACAGACCAUAUACGCAGCAAAAACCAGCAAGAAGAGUGGCGGCUGUCCGCGAAGGUGAAAUCCGGACAGCAGCAAAGUGAGGGAUUACUUAAGUUCGACACCGGUGGAAGUUUGGUAAUAUUGGAAAUCAUGCUAUAUGCUGACGGAGACAAGUCUUCGGCUAUGCAGUCCCUCCUUCAACCAUUAGCGUCGAUAUACCCCUCAGAAGAUGCCUCAAAGCUUCAUCCAAUUGACCUCCCGCACACGUCACGAAUGUAUAAAUCCCUUUUCCAGGGCGGGCAUUUCUCGCAUGCUAGCAAAUCCGUCAUUCGCUCAUCAUCGUUCUCCCCAUCAGCAUUCGCGUCUGCAUUCAUGUCCGUCGUUGGUGAAGAUUUGGCAGUAAGCAUGGCUGGGGGAGAAGGUGCCUUUAUUAUUGCAGAAUUUUUGCAGCGGAUAAAGGAAGAGGGAAGCGCUGAUGAAAAACAGACCGUCAAGGGCUGGUUUGGUGGGAACGUUGCUGAGAGAUUAAAAAAGAGCGAGACCAAAGGGAGAAAUGUCCUACUGGAUAAGAUCAAUGCAUUGUUAUUAUAAUGCUCAUCGGAUGUAGCCACAGUGAACCUUGAUUCAGAUUGACCGAUACACAUAUAUUAUCAAGGUUGACUUGUGCUGAUUCGCAUUAAAAGUGCUACCCCCCGCCUUGACGAUUGGUCGUUGCAAUGUAGAAGGCUUCAUCCAUAAUCUCGUUUUAACUAUGCUCGUCAGUUGUGUCAGUAAGAAAAUACUUUUGAUUUCAACAAAUGCGAAGAUAAUUUGCCU